ACAGCCGCUUCCGUGUUGUUCGUGUGUUGUUCUGGUUAAUAACUAUCGCUAGCAGACAGCCUCGCCGGGGGGUGACUAUCAUGAUUGUGUGAAGCUGACACGCAGUUUCACGUUUCUCUCCCCGAUAUGUCUCUGCUUCAGAGCUCAAAGAAAAAAGACAAACGUAUUUUGUCCGGUACCUGCCCAGACCCGAAAUGUCAGGCGAGGCUGUUCUUCCCCGCUUACGGCUCCGUUAGCAUCGAGUGCACGGAGUGUGGGCAACGCCACGAACAGAAGAACCUGUUAAAUGUCGAAGAAGUGACCGAUCCAGAUGUUGUGCUCCACAAUCUGCUCAGAAACGCCCUGCUCGGCGUCACCGGGGCCCCGAAGAAAGGCACGGAGCUGGUGAAAGUAAUGGGGCUUUCUAAUUACCACUGCAAGCUGCUGUCCCCGGUGCUCACCAGGUACGGCAUGGAUAAACAAACCGGCAAAGCCAAGCUGCUGAGGGACAUGAACCAAGGCGAGAUGUUUGACUGCUCGCUCCUGGGAGACAGAGCCUUUCUGAUUGAGCCGGACCAUGUUUCCACCAUGGGCUACGGCAAGGACCGAUCAGGGAGCCUCAUAUACCUCCAUGACACUCUGGAGGAGGUCAAGAAAGCCAACGGCAGCAGGGAAUGUCUCAUCCCGGUGCACGUGGAUGGAGACGGGCACUGCCUGGUCCACGCCGUGUCCAGAGCGCUGGUGGGCAGAGAGCUGUUCUGGCACGCCCUGAGAGAGAACCUGAAACAGAACUUCAAGCAGAACCUGGACCGCUAUAAGGCCCUCUUUCAGGAUUUUAUUGAUGCUGCAGAGUGGGAGGACAUCAUAAAUGAGUGCGACCCCCUGUUCAUCCCGCCUGAAGGAGUGCCGCUCGGACUGCGCAACAUCCACAUUUUCGGUUUAGCCAAUGUCCUCCACCGACCCAUAAUCCUGCUGGACUCCCUGAGUGGAAUGAGGAGCUCUGGGGAUUAUUCGGCCACCUUCCUCCCCGGGCUGGUGGCCGAGGAGCAGUGCAGGGGGAAAGACGGGAAGUUUAACAAACCCAUCUGCAUCGCCUGGAGCAGCUCCGGCAGGAACCACUACAUCCCUCUGGUGGGGAUCAAGAACACUGUGCUGCCCAAGCUGCCGGCCCGCUUGCUGCCGAAGGCCUGGGGCGUCCCUCAGGAGCUCAUUAGGAAGUACAUCAAGCUGGAACCAGACGGCAGCUGCGUGAUCGGCGGCGACCGCAGUUUGCAGGACAAAUAUCUGAUGCGACUGGUCAACGCCAUGGAAGAGGUGUUCAUGGAGAAGCACAGCAUCCACCCGUCGCUGGUGGCUGAUGUGCACCAGUACGUGUACAGGCGCACCGGCGUGAUCGGCAUCCAGCCCGAGGAGGUGACAGAGGCAGCGAAGAAGUCGGUGAUGGAGAACCGGCUGCACCGCUGCCUGAUCUGCGGCGCCCUCUCUGAGCUCCAUGUCCCGCCAGAGUGGCUGGUUCCUGGUGGGAAGCUCUACAACUUGGCCAAAUCCACUCACGGCCAGCUGCGGCCGGACAAGAACUACAGCUUCCCCCUCAACAACGUGGUCUGCUCUUAUGACCCCCAGAGGGACGUCCUAGUACCAGAUUAUAAACUGAGCUCCCUCAACACCUGCAACUGGUGUCACGGCACGUCGGUCCGCCACAUCCUUGGCAACGGGUCGGUGGUUUACCUGGACGGGGAUAGAACCAACACUCGCUCCCAAGGCGGGAAGUGUGGGUGUGGCUUCAAGCAUUUCUGGGAGGCGAAGGAGUAUGACAACCUCCCCGAGGCCUUCCCCAUCACGUUGGAGUGGGGGGGUCGCGUGGUGAGAGAGACUGUGUACUGGUUCCAGUAUGAGGCCGAGCCGGCUUUGAACAGCAACGUGUACGACGUGGCCAUGAAGCUGGUUACCAAGCACUUCCCGGGGGAGUUUGGCAGCGAGAUCCUGGUGCAGAAAGUAGUCAACACCAUCCUUCAUCACACCGCCAAGAAGAACCCGGACGAAUACAACCCGGUGUCCAUCGACGGCGCUCACGUCCAGCGUCUCACCGACACCACGGAUGCACAGCAGGCGGUGGACUCCCAGCCGCCCACUAAGAUCAUCCUGACUGGUCAGAAAGCGAAGACGCUGCACAAGGAGGAACUGACGAUGAGUCGAGCGGAGCGCAGCAUCCAGCAGAGCAUCAGUGAGCAGGCCUUGGUCACUCAGAAGCGACGGACGGACAAGCUGAAGCAGGAGCAGAAGGGCCACGGCCGGACGUCUUCCCCCGGUGGGUCUCCGGAAACCUCCUCCUCUUCAGCUCCGGCCACGCCAACCAAAACCUCCUCCCCCUCCUCGUCAAAUAAGGAGAAGAAGAUCCGUGUGACCAGCAGCGACGGCCGGCAGGCCAUGCUGACCCUGCAGACCCACACCACCUUCUCAGAGCUGCAGAGGAGCAUCGCCAACCAGUUUGCCGUCCCGCCGGCGGAGCAGCAGUGCAUCCGCUACGGCUUCCCCCCCAAAGAGCUGCUCCCUCCUAAAGACGGCGAGGAGAACGAGCCAGUGGCGCUGCAACACGGCGACAGGGUGACGGUGGAGAUCCUGAGGGGCCCCGAGGACAAGAGCCCCACGGCCUGCAUACCCCGAGCCUCCAGCUCUCACUCCGCCCUGCACUCGGUGAAGAGCGAGGACGCCCUGACGUCUGGCAGGAUGAGCAGCCGCGAACUCCAGGACAGCAUCGACCUCGAGAUGUCGUCCCUCUGUCUCCUCGCAACCUUGAUGGGCGAGGACGUUUGGUCGUACGCAAAGAAGCUGCCGCACUUAUUCCACCAGGGUGGCGUCUUCUACAACAUUGUUAAGAAGGACAUGGGCCUGAUGGACGGGAAGCACUGCACGCUGCCUCACCUGACGGGGAAAACAUUUGUUUACAACGCAGCGGAGGAGCGUCUGGAGCUCUGUGUGGACGCUGCCGGUCACUUCCCCGUCGGCCCCGAUGUGGAGGAGCUGGUGAAGGAUGCGCUGGUCCAGCUGCGCUCCGAGGCGGCCACCAGGGGCAGCAGGGAGGGGAGUCCGUCCCACGGCGUGCUGCGACUGGGCAGCGGCGGCGUCGUCCGUAAGAAGGAGCAGCUGCAGAGCGUCAACGCCUUCCAGGGUAAAGGCCACUCUCUGGGCAGCGCCGGGGGCUCCUCCCCUCCAGAGCACCGGCCUAUCACGCGCCAGCACAGCAGCGGUGUGGACCUGAGCGCCAGCGUGUCCCGAGGGCCCCCGGACCUGUCGGACAUCCCCGAGGACGCCACCAGGGAGCUGGUCCGCAUGGCUCCGGGCUUCGUCACCAUGAAGGACGGUCGCGGCCUGGACCCCAGCCUAAUGGAGCAGCAGCGGAGGAAGCUGCAGGAGAUGGUGUCCUCUAUUCAGGCCUCCAUGGAGCGCCACCUGAGAGAGCAGCAGGGCGCCGCUGCAGGGGGCGGGGCCAGCCAGGAGCGGACAGGCGGGACUAAGACAGGCGCGGGCCAACCAACAUCUACGGACGACCAUGAACCUCCAGCUGCGGCCGGCAAACCGGACGGUAAAGCGGAGGAACAGGAGGAGAUGGAGAGUCAGGACGCCGGACAGGGCAUCGCCACCGAACCCAUGGAUCACUCCUGAUCACUCCUGACCCCCAGCACCGCCCGCCCCAGCACCGCCCGCCCCCGCCUCGCCGGCAUCUUUAGGUCAUCACGCCUCAGGUCGGAUCCUAAAGCUUUGGUCUUCAUCGUGUUUCGUUGUCUUUGCAUGACUAAAGAGCGAGCCGACCGUCCGCACCUCUCUGCAGACUCGCGGUGGGACAAUAAUCCGAUAAGCGAUAUAUUGUGACGCACGCUCUGCGAUACAUCAUCGACAUCGCACUUCUGUUGCGACGCUGUGCGUGUUUAAACUCGAUGCUCUUCGUGACACGCCCUCCGCUGCCCAGCGCAGUCAAUUAUAAACGAGUGAUUCGGUUCCUGCUUUUGAGAGAAAUACUUUUGAACGUUUCUCUCAGUUGAUGAUGUAUCGUGAACGACCGUCUCGCAAUAUAUGGCGCCUUAUCCCCUCGCUACAAACACCGAGAUCCGAGGGCUAAAAACUCUGAUUCACGUGUGAGACGCAUUCCUGUAGAUAGAAGAAGAAGAAGAAGAGUCUUAAUCUGCCACCGAGAGGAGAGCUGCUGGCCGCCGGCAGCGUAAUGUCCUGCAGACAUGCUUCCGUCAAAGUGCACGCUCUGAAAGAAGUGCACCAGCCUCUGUACGCAUCAACGCCUUCAUCGUCCAAAUCUGCUUUUUCACCGUCCGUCUGUCUGCGGACCGCGGGGAGAACUCUGGAUCUGUGUUUGCUUGACUGCCUGACCUGACUUUUUGAAUUUGUCCCUCCCCGACUGUCUCCACAUAUUCAACGUUUCUUUGUUUGAUGUGAAGCACCUGAAUGCAGCUUCACUUCUACCUGUGCCACCUGCAGGUAAAAAGUGUUUAUCAGUUUUAUUUCUUUACAUUUUAAACCUCCAAAAUGUUUUAUUGACUGCUUAAUGCUGCGGGAGCCUCGUGUGUCCACCGCGCACAGACUGAUGGAUACGUUUGUGCCAAUACGUUGGAAAUGUCAAAGAUAUAUUUGAGUUAAUUUAGAGACAGUUUAUUUUUUACACUGUAAAAUGUUGUGUGGAGCACAAACACACAACUCCUUUAUCACCAAAUGUCCUUAUAAAUAAUGAAUUGGGCUCUGACAGGUUCACAGAACGAGUCGCUCACACACACGUAAAUAAAUGUUAAUUUAUACCAAGCAGCCAUGAGCUUAUGUUUCAGUGUUUAAUAUCAGUGAUGUUGUUGUUUGUAUAAAAACCAAACACAUAAAGAACUACAACACAUUUAAUAAACACUCGUUUCCUGCAGGUGGCACAAUUUAGAAAUCGUUCUCCAGCGACGUCCUGCCUUCCAAGUCUUUCUGAAACACUUUAAGAUAAAAAGAAGUCUGCUCUGAAACAGUAGAGCUCCAGCAGCUCGUCGUUUUAACCAAAUUAAAGGACGAUAAUCUCGGCCGUGGACUUUUGAAGCUGCGACGGAGCUGCGUUUGUUUGGAACACCAACUAAAUAAUCUGUUUUGUCUUGGUUACAUUUGUUUUGUAAUGUGGAGAGAAACCUUCAGGAUCGUCUCAGUUCUUUUGGGGGAAACGUUCUCGAUGAAACUGGAAGAAAGCAGCUGAAGGUCCAGAAGUGGCUGCAGGUGUGUUGUGCGGCGCCCCCUUGUGGAGAAAACUAAAUUGUGAGUGAGUUGGACGCCGAUCCACGAGGUGCUUCACAUUAAUGAGUCACGACACUCUUGGCUUUCUAAAUUCCCAAAUAUCAAAAUGCUAAGAGUUUCUUUAGUCAAGAAAAAAAAGUUAUUUCAUUUUGUUUUCUACUUUCUUCUUACGUGUUAAAGUUGGCCGGUGGAAAGUACGAGAAAGAUGCACGAAGAUGUGAGUUCUCUGAAAAUAUUAAAGUGUCAGCAGUUUUCUUUUUCUUUGCUCUGAAGAAGCGGUCACGUUAAGUGUUUGAAACCUUCCAGUUCAACAAGGUAAACAGCCAAAGACGAACCAGGUUCAAGUCCAGUACGUAAAUCUGAUAUUUGGUGAAAGAGGUUUCUGUCCUAUGCAAAGAGAAUAUUCACUGAACUUCCAAAAAUAACUAAAACUCCUAAAUACAAAGUUCUGUUUGACUCGUCACAGCUGAGAGGUUUUAGAUUUUCUCUGCUGUCUUCACUAGUUCAGCAGCGUUCAGGAACGUUCAGGAGCGUUCAGCAGCGUUCAGGAACGUUCAGCAGCGUUCAGGAACGUUCAGCAACGUUCAGGAACGUUCAGCAGCGUUCAGGAACGUUCAGCAGCGUUCAGGAACGUUCAGGAACGUUCAGCAGCGUUCAGGAGCGUUCAGGAACGUUCAGCAGCGUUCAGGAACGUUCAGCAGCGUUCAGGAACGUCUAAACCCUGCUUCAGUUUGAGCCUCUUCUCACGUUGGACUCGUUAUUGUUAGUUUAUACUCUUUAUAUACGAGUGUAAGUGAAGUAAAGAUCUGAGUAAACGCAGACUCUAAAGAGCGUUUAGCAAAACUCAAGUGAUUUUUAACAAUUCUUUUGUCCUGCAGCUGCAAACUUCACUUCAUGUCCUCGUACUUCAGAUACUUUAAUUCUUACUUUUAUUUAUUUAUGGAUUUACAAAACACUCAGGACAAACAUGUUGAAGUGUUCAAAACCUUUUUUCACUUUUGGUUCUUCUGGAUGUUCUUCUCGUCCUCUGAGUUGCAGAUCACGUUAACUGAAGAUGAUGAACGUGGAGGUGCACCGUCCCUCCGGGGCUGUGACGGACUUUGUCAUAUUUUUGCAGCAGCAGGAUUAAAGAGUUCAUUAACGCUCACUGGAGGUUUUAUUAAAACCACCUGCAGCUCGUUUCUUGUCGAUUUUAUUCUUGAAAAACACUUUUAAACACUCCCUUUAAAAUGUCUGUUUCCUAUGAGGGACAGAAUAACGCUGGCGCUGCGUAAAUUGGAAUUUCUUCACUUUUUUUCCACCUCCUGAAGUCGUUAUUAGAUGCUCAUAAAGACCUGUUUUCCCAGCAUGCUUUGUGGUUUUUUCUCACGACAGGGGUCCUGUUCAGGUCGUGGGUCAGAGUUCAGCGUCAGACGCCUGAACUGUAAAACUAGUUUCACAUUUUGAAAUGUUCUCAGGUUAGCUUAGCUUAGCAUAAAGACUGGAAACAGGGGGAAACUGCUAGCGUGGCUCUGUCUGAAGGGGAAUCCACGUUUUAUCUGUGGUUUUACAGGUUUAUGUGUCGGACUAUAAAAUGUAUGCUAAGCUAAGCUAAUCACAAAUAAGUGUUUUUCUCAAAAUAUUGAUUUGCUGUAUAAAUAUUGUGGCCAACGAAAUGUUUUUCAUUUUACACAAAAAUCUAUUUUACAAAGAGGUUUUUCUUUUUGUUUGACUUUUAAAUGUGUUUUAGCCUCAAACACAUUUAUUUUCACGUCUCAUGUUUGAUCUGUGUUUUGUUUUCUGGUUCUUUUGGCCAAAAACUAAACUAAAGAUGUGAAUCUGUCCUUUUGGUUUCAGCUCUGAGGUUUAUUUGAUGUGUAAAAGUGAGACUCUGCACUUUGUAAGAGGAAGAGGAGGGAAUGUUAGCGUAGCAUGCUCGUACUCAUCGGACGACACUAAAGGAAGAAGCGUUUUCUCGGACGACACUACUGUAACGGACUUGAAGUUUUUUCUUUGACUGCUGUACACUGACAUGAAUUGUAAUCCAGUUGUAUAAUAGUAUAUAUUGUAGGAUAUUUGGACCUGUACAGAAACACAGUUCAGUUCCUUCACCUUUUUGUUUUGUUAACUUCUCUCUGGUUUGCUAAUAAAAUAUUGAUGCUACACGGCUUCGACAUCGCUGUUUGCAUGUGUGACGAAUUCUCAACCCCAACAAUAAAAUCACUUCCUUCACUUG